CGCACUUGCACUCCGUUCCUUUUGUCCACCACUUCGUCCACCUGAGAAAUUACACUACUCCUCACGAGAUGCCGGUGCCAGAAUGACUGUCUCACCUAUUGCCUGGUUUGCGCGAUUGUACUCCCUCGACACACUCGACACUCGUUUCACUGCCUCUGCAAUUACUCCCGCCAAAGUCGCUGCGGCUGACGCGCGACCUGCCUCUGCUAAAGAUGCCCACGGUGCUGCCAUUGCCCGCAACGCCUCGCCAUCGAAAUGGAACACCUUUGAAUUCUAUAUAUACUACAUCAUCUUCUUGGUCGCAGUGCCGUUGAUGUUCACCACUGUCAUUGGGGUGUCACAGGAGAGCCACUCCACUUACGCAACAUAUGCCCACCUACUCGAGGACGGAUGGAUUCCUGGUCGCAAAGUUGACAAUUCGGACGCGCAGUAUUCCGGUUUCCGCGAGAACGUUCCCUACCUCCUCAUUCUUCUAGUCGGCCAUCCAUUGCUUCGCCGCGUCUACAAUCGAUAUGUCAGUCCAGUCAACUUAGACCGUACGAAGACUUCUCCAACCCUGGCACUCGGAGAUGCGCGUCUCAAACAGCGGACAACUUUUGAUUACUACUUCGCUUUCGUCUUCAUCGUUGCCCUACACGGCAUCUCCGCGCUCAAAGUUCUCACGAUCCUCUACAUCAACUAUCAACUCGCCAAAUCACUACCUCGAAAAUAUAUUCCCGCAGCUACCUGGACCUUCAACAUCGCGACCCUGUUCGCCAAUGAGCUCUGCGCCGGCUAUCCGCUUGAGCGCUUGGCUUCUCUGGUGGUACCCUCCGUCGACGCUGCAAAGGAAGUGCCCACUUUAGUGCUGUGGGCUCGUUCCCUGGACGAGUUCGGAGGGAUUAUUCCACGUUGGGAGAUCUUGUUCAACAUCACGGUGCUCCGUCUGAUCAGCUUCAACAUGGACUAUUACUGGAGCCUGGACUAUCCCGCUUCGAGUCCUAUUGAAAAGAAGCAACUCGAUCCGGCCGCACUAUCUGAGCGAGACAGGGUCAGCAUCCCGGCCGAGCGCUCUGCAUUCAACGGCCGCCACUAUAUUGCAUAUGUGCUUUACGCACCUCUCUACUUGACGGGACCCAUCCUGACCUUCAAUGACUAUAUCUCUCAACAAAGAUAUGCACCGCCAUCUCUCACUACCGCAAGAACAACCCUCUACGGCAUCCGCUUCUUUCUCACGCUGCUUGCAAUGGAGUUGAUCCUCCACUACAUCUACGCAGUCGCAAUCUCCAAGGCCUCGCCCGACUGGUCCCUGUACACAGCCGGCCAACUCAGCAUGCUCGCCUACUUCAAUCUGCACAUCAUCUGGCUCAAGCUCCUCAUCCCCUGGCGCUUCUUCCGCUUCUGGGCCCUGGUAGACGGUAUCGACCCCCCGGAGAACAUGAUCCGCUGCGUCUCCAACAACUACUCCCCCCUGGCGUUCUGGCGCGCAUGGCACCGCUCCUUCAACCGCUGGAUCAUCCGCUACCUCUACGUGCCCCUCGGCGGUGGCAGCGGGCCCCGCGGGCGCGGUAACUCGUCGGGGAUAUCCGCCAAGGGCCGCCAGAUCUUCAACACGCUCAUCGUGUUCACCUUCGUCGCCCUCUGGCACGACAUCAACCUGCGCCUGCUAAUGUGGGGCUGGCUCAUCACGCUGUUCGUGCUACCCGAGGUCAUCGGCUCGCUGCUCUUCCCUGCCAGCCGCUGGCGCUCGCGCCCUACAGCUUACCGGAUGAUCACUGGAGUUGGGGCUGUGGCCAACGUCCUGAUGAUGAUGGUGGCCAACCUGGUCGGUUUCGCGUUGGGAAUUGAUGGCCUCAAGGGCCUCCUAGCAUCGAUCUUGGGCUCGUGGGCCGGGAUUGUCUAUAUCGUUUCAGCGUGCUGUGCGCUAUUCGUUGGCAUUCAGGUGAUGUUUGAGAUUCGCGAGGAGGAAGCUCGCGCGGGCAUCAACCUGAAAUGCUGAUCCUUGCGCCUACUUACUCAGCGCUGCUCUUCCCUCAAUGAUCACGCAUCAUCAGCUCAAAUAGACGAAGUCUGAUAUUUUGAGUCGGCUCUACUAAGCAUAUAGUUUCUUUCCAUUACUUCUUGGCUUGGUAUAGUAGUAUACAUAUAUAAAA